AUAUUCUUUGGCGCCCGCGCGGCGGCGUGUUUUGGUGUUUGUGUUUUCAAAUUUCAUUUAUAAAUCACCACAUUAUUACAUUUACUUAGUGUUUUGAUAUGACUAGUGAUAUCUAUUUGAAUUAAAUACAUGAAAUUGAAGAUCUAGCGAGAAAUUAACUUUAACAUAGUUUAUUACUUUCAUAUCGACAGACGAUCAGAGAUCGUUCACUAGGUUUACAAGAACGAUGAUUUUAAUUAUAACCAAAUAAUUGUUCAUAGCGUCUAAGAUUUGGUUUGGAUAUUGAAUUUAAGACUGUAAUAAAUUGUCUAAAAGUUCAACCAUAAAAAUACGAUGCAAGUAUCAGAAAUAGAUAAUGUUAAAAUCUACAAUCUCAGUGCCGGAAAGGCUCUACCUGAGUGGUUAACAGAAAGAAAGAAACGUGCUCUUUUGAAGAAAAAUGUGGAUCUCAGACGGAGAAUUGAACUUAUUCAGGAGUUUGAUAUGCCAGGCGUUAGUACUAGUUUACGGGUGUCUAAAGAUGGACAGUACAUCAUGGCCACAGGAAUUUAUAAACCUAGAAUAAAAUGUUUUGAUGUGAACAAUUUGUCACUUAAAUUCGAAAGGUGUCUAGAUUCAGAAGUUGUAACAUUUGAAAUUCUAAGUGAUGAUUAUACAAAGAUAGUAUUUUUACAAUGUGAUCGCUAUGUGGAGUUCCACGUGGGGCACGGCCGGCAUUACCGUCUCAGAGUGCCUCACUUUGGAAGAGACAUGAAAUACCAUCGGCCAUCUUGUGAUCUGAUUGUUGUGGGAGCUUCCAAUGAAGUUUAUAGACUAAAUUUGGAAUUAGGGCAAUUUCUAGCUCCAUAUGUGACAAAGGCAACUGAGAUAAACUGUUGCAGUGUGAAUGAAGAGCAUGGGUUGCUUGUGUUCGGCACUGAAAGUGGCCAUGUGGAGGCCUGGGACCCUCGCACUAAGUCCAGACAGGGAAUAUUAGAUUGUGCAUUACACUGUUCGGAUACUGAAUAUAGAAAUAGCACAUUGCCAGCAAUAAGUGCCUUAAAAUUCAACGGCGCAUUGGAAAUGGGAGUAGGUACAUCCUCAGGUCAUGUGCUGCUGUAUGACAUAAGAUCUAGCAAACCUCUGCUGGUAAAAGAUCAUAUGAAUGAGAUCCCUAUCAAGUGUAUAGAGUUCCAUAAACAGAUGGAUUAUGUUUACUCAAUGGAUGCUAAUGUUGUCAAAAUCUGGGAUAAAAAUACUGGCAAGCAGUACACAAACAUUGAAUCAUCUGUGGAUUUCAAUGAUUUAUGUGUGAUACCAAACACAGGCUUGACUAUGAUGGCAGUUGAAGAUCAAAAAAUGCAAAUUCACUAUGUACCAUCAUUAGGCCCGGCGCCUCGCUGGUGCGCCUUCCUCGACAACUUGACGGAAGAAAUGGAGAGUUCGGCUUCACAAACCGUGUACGACGAUUACAAGUUCGUCACCAAACAAGAGCUGGAGUCUCUCGGCUUAGAUCACUUGCUGGGGACCAACUUGCUGAGAGCUUACAUGCAUGGAUAUUUUGUGGAUGUUCGAUUAUAUAAAAGGGCGAAAUCAAUCGCCGAUCCGUUCGCCUUUGAAGAAUAUAAGAAACGCAAGAUCAGAGAGAAAAUCGAACAGGAGAGACCAUCCAGGAUCAAAGUGGAAGACAAUUUGCCUAAAGUCAACCGCGAUCUGGCGUCUCGCCUUUUGGAGAGUGACACAAGGAAGAAAAAGCAGUCCGCUAAUUUACUUAAAGACGACAGGUUUAAGGCUCUGUUUGAAAACCCUGACUUCGAGGUGGAUAAGAAGGCCGACGAGUAUCGCCUACUUAACCCUGUACUCUCAAGGCUCGACCGUAGCAAACAGAAACCUAAAGUGGAAGUACAGCAUAUUAUGGAGACUGAGGACACUGAAGACAAAGAUUCUGAUCGCGAGUUGUAUGAAUCUAGCAGCGAGAGUUCCGAUGAUGAACGAACGUGGGCGAAAGAAGUUAAAAAACAACACAAAAUCAUUCGAUACAAAAAAGAAGAUCAAGCUGACGAAGCAGAAGAUGUUCCAAAUGAAAAAGUAUACGAGUUUAGUAAAGCUCCUACGACUACGAAUAUCAGAAGUAUCGUCCAAGUGAGCAAAAAGAGUUUAGGUGACAGAUUGGCUAAAGAAGGCUCAGUAGUAGUUUCCGGCAUCGCGGGGAACAGGGAAAUGAAGUUCUCUAUGAGAGAUAAGAAGAAGCCAUCCGAAAUUCAGAAAAAAAUGAAAAAGCACCAUGAAGAAAGAAAACAGAUAGUUAGGAGAACUGGGUAUUUAACUAAGAAGAAACUCCCUAAAAUUAUAGAUAUGAGUAAUAAAGUAGCUAAUGAGCUUUUAUUUCAAUGCAUAGCUAGUGAUCUGCUGGAUAGCCAUGUGCUGGGCAAUGACAAGCUGGGCGAGCCAACUAUGGAGAGAUCCACUAGAUCUAGCCUUGACGUCAAUAGUGUCGAAAUUGGUGAAAUAACGGAAUCCCCUGACACUGAAUAUAUGAGCACAUCUGCUAUUUUACACUAUUGUAAAUCAAAGAUAUUACUUCCAUAUUUAAAACUUCUCACUGUUAUGGGAUUAAGGCCUGUAGUGGAUGCGUCCAAUUCUUCCAAAUAUGCAAUUUGUUUUUCACAUUUCCACUCUGCACAGGUUGCAGUAUUUAUGUUUGCUGGGUAUAUUCUACAGUACAUGGCAUGUUUCAGGCGAGACCGAGGUUUUUGUUAUAAACUAGUACCAUUAGCGCUUACGUCGUCGUUUGAAUACGAUGCCUACAAGCAAGUAUGCUAUGGUAACGUUGCAUUCACAUACAUUGGGCCCAGUUUAUUGCAUUUUGCUGGGUUCUUGUACGCCUUAUACCUCUUCAGAAUAUCUGACAAUGAACAGCUGCAAAAUCUUAUGGAGAGGGUAUUUCUCCUGUCUUCAUACGCACCUCAAGGUACGCCCACAGCUAAACCCAAACGUUUGUUACGGAUGCUCUGGUUCUUCAUUAUUCUUAGUGUCCUGUGGAUGUGUAUGUCCCUGGUCUCCGUGAACUUGAUGAUGGCAAAAGGAACUAUUAUGUUCAGGUGGAUGGAAUCGAGUUCAGGUGAAAUGUUGCUGGGGCUUAAGAUUCUUCUUAUAAUUUGCACGCUGAUCCACGACAUGGUGCAGGCCACCGUCAUCACGAGCUACUGCCUGCAGGCGCAGCUGCUGCAGGCGCAUCUUAUGUUCCUGAAGGAACGGCUCUUGAACAGAACCAUCACACCAUUGAAUUGGAUGAGAGAAAUUGCUGAAUUCCGGAAGCUGCUGAAAUACUUGAACAACGACCUCGCCCCGGCCGUGUGCCUGUUCACCAUCGUGAACAUGUCGUGGGCGGUGUCGGGCGUCAUGUGGCUGCUGGACUUGGACAAAGUGGACACCGGCACGGAGCCUAUAGCGGGGCUCAGCGUGCUCAACCAAUUGCUUUGGAUAUCUGCAGUGUUGGUGCCUUUUAUCCAGGCCGCACGUCUAACGAAGGAGUGCCGUCACACGCAGUCCGUGGGGCACGAGCUGUGCGUGCGGCCCUUCCUGCACCAGGACACGUCGCAGGAAGACAUCAGCACGGUGCUCGCGUACGCCGCGUCGCUGCAGCUGCGCGCCAAGCUCUUCCACUACCCCAUCGCGGGCCGAUACAUCUGCCUGCUGGCCACCGUCACUCUCAUCGUACUAUUUGCGUUAGGAAUGUGCCAUUAUUUGCAAUGAUUCCAAUCGAAUUUAAAUGAUUAAUGAUAAAAAUAGUAAUUAUAACUACUUAAUUAAUAUAUUUUUGAAUAGAGUAAUAAUUUAAUUGAUUACUAUUUAUUUUUGUUUGAUUUUCAUUAUCGUAACCCUACGUUUCCGGUUUCCACAAGCCCAACAAUAAACAGAGACCAUGUAAUGAAACAAAGUCUGUUAACAUAUGUAUAUGUUAAAUGACACAUAUAAUAGCUAGUCGUGCUACGUGUGUGUUAACAAUGUGUCUGAAGACUUCAUUUAUUUGACAUUAUUUAGCGACUAGUAUCUGCAAUGAUUCGAAUCGGGCUUAAUUGAUUAAUGAUAAAAAUUAUAAUAUAUGAAAGAGUUGUUUUAAAUUAUAAUAUAUGAUUAUUGAUUGUU